GCGAGCCGCACGUGUCCCGCCACCCGCCCUGCCCCCCGCGCCCGCCCAAGCCGGCACAACAAAACCGGUACUCAGUGUUUUCCGACCGCACCGCGUUAUCACAUAACACGUCGAUCACCGAUAAUCGCGGAAUUCCAAUCGAAAAGAAGGGGGAAGAAAUAAUCAGUCGGGCAAGCGAAAGAAAAUCUGAUCGUGCGGCGGUCGAAUAAUGUGGGGCGCGCGCCCGGUGUCCGGCGCUAGGCGCACUUAGUAGCGGGGGAUGCGCGCCGCGGCGAGCAUGCGCGUGUGCUGCGUCGUGCUCGCGGCACUGGCGCUGCGCUGCUGCGCCGAGCCCGCGCGCGAGUGGCGCGAGCUGCAGGCCCGGCCGCUGCAGGAGCUGUUCGAGCCGGCGCAGGACCGCUUCGCGUCAGCGCAGGACCGCUUCGAGCCGACGCAGGACCGCUUCGCGCCGGCGCAGAGCCGUGCGCACGCGCCGCACAAGGAGCGCCGCCGCAACGCCAAGCGCACGCCGCGCCUGCCCUCCGAGCUCGCCAGCCAGAUGAUGCUGCGGGCGGCUCGCUCCGGGAGACCCUACGACGUCCCACAAAUAGAAUGUCCGCCGGCCGCGGACGGCAUGGAGCGGUUCGCGUGUCCGACGCCCGACCGCCAGGGCCGCUACCGCUGCAUAGACGACCACGUGCUCUGCGACGGCUUCAUAGACUGUCCCAACGGGGAGGACGAGGACCGCCAAGCUUGUAUGUUCUACAAAACGACGAAAGCCCACCUGGACGUGUUGGCCGACGCGCUGCUGCGGUGGGCGCGCGGCCGCUAAGCCGGCCCCGCCCCCGCGACCCGCGACCCGCGCCCCGGCGCCGGCCGCCCGACGAUCCCGACCCGCACGGAUAUACAAUUAGACUGACACGUGACCCGACCCUGUGCUCUCGGCCGAACACCUGCGAUGAACAUUGUAUUCGGGCGCAACCCACAGAAAGCAAUGAACGUAAACAUAUCAAGUGGUGCGGCCAACGAGUGUAGGUAGUGCGAGUCGCCGGUGCCGACCGCCCGGGUUCGUCCGAAUAUCCUUCGCAGUCGAAAUGUGCUCCGCCGUUUCACUUGUAGCACCCCUAAAACUAAAAUGUGAGACUGGUAGUCGACAUUGUUAGUCGGUAGAGAAUACAUAUACAUAAAUAUAGAUUUAAAUAGUACUUCGUUUACCGAACUAAUCGAUGUCAGUCGAGUUCACUCUAGUGUUUACUUACGCGUUGCAUUCCUCAUUGCGAAGGUUGUAAAAUAGAUAAGAAUCGAUAAUUUUUGUACAUACUCGUAAUUUAUUUAAUUAUUUAUUUUAUUAUCUCAUUACUCGGCCUAUUUUUGGCUCUCGGCGUCCGUUUUGGAUACGCUCCGAUCGUUCGAAAGCGACGCCGACUUCUUAAGGUUUAAUGUUAUACUCAAUAAAGUGCUAAUUACUAUUAUAUACAAGGAAAACUAGGAGCCGUCUAUGUCGGGCAGCUACGUUCGUUUAAACAGUAAAUCCUAUUUAUUCCGUUAAACUUCGAUUAGGUAUUCGCUAAGUGUUUAUAUAACCGAGGAGGAGAGUUCUGUUUACUAGCACGAGGUUCGACUGAAAGUACACUUUAUUAUUAUUUGCCCGAGAAGUCUGAAUUCUAAACGAUUCUAGUCAUCAAAAUUAGUUCCUAUAGAUUACAUUGAUAAGUUACUACGUCUCUUCGUUAGUCAUGCUGUUUGUCGAUCGAUCGAGUUAGUUUUAGUGUUAGCUUUAGAUAUUAUGUUCUCUUCCAUUCCCUAUUAUUUGAAGAAAGUCAUUGGCAUAUACCGCGGUUCCGUUAUUUAUACCGCGAAGGACGAGUUUCAUUGAUUGAGUAUCAGAGCUAGUUACCGAUUCACGUAUUAUUAGAACGACUCACCGACGAAACUAUAUUUCGUAUCGGAAAUAUAUUUACUAGUAGCAUACUCGAGUAUAAAGCGUUAAUCUAUUUACGUCAACAUAUUAUAUACGAUGUAAUUUUGAGUAGUUUAUGUGACUUAUAAUAUACAAAUAUACGAUACGAUAAGAUUUGUUGAUAUUAGUCGUUUAAUAGAUAUAUAGCGGAGUAGUUAUAUGUUUAUCAAAUUAUAAUACUACGUUUGUAAUAUUGCACCUCGAAUUCGUUGUAGAGACCGUGUGUCGGCACCAUAUUUUUGUGAGUUAUAGUACAUAUUGAAUAAAACUUAUUUUUAAAUAAAAAUCGAUGUCUAUUUAGAGUCUAAGGUAUAUCGGCCGGUUUAGAACGGGGCCGCGGUAAGAAAUAUAUUAUUAUGAAUAGUGAAGAUACGAUGCGAAGUACAGUUUUGGCCGAUGGGUCUCCGUAUGCUCGAGGAGGAAUAUCAAAGCGACUUUUCCAUAAGAUUAUUAACAGUCAGCAGAAAGUAGUCGAAAUGGUCGUAGUGAAUAAAAUUAGUAAAGUUAAUACCGUCAUAGUCUGAUAGAACGUUAGUUCUUGAGCCAUCAGUCUUUGCGGUAUUUACUUUUAGAAAUUCCAAAAACCGUUGCUUUGGUAUAUCGAUACAUACGAGAUGCCAUCGCGUUGAGUUUAGAUUAUUUAAAAGCGCAUGACUUUAAGUUUUUGUUACAAGUUUUAAGUUCUUGUUAGAAUCUUAAAAAUGCCUAAAAUAUUAUAACACUUCUUAGUAAAGAAAUAUUUGUUUUAUUAUAAUAAAUUAUAAUCGAGUAUAUGCCAAUGGAUUCUUUAGUACCUACAAUCAACCACAAAAGCACAAUUUUAAGAUAUUACGCUUAUUUAUAGUUUGUACGUUUCGUUUAAAAUCGUUACAAAUGUUACGAAUAAGAUUCGACUCACUCGAUGUACGUAGUUUAUCUCGUAUCAUCCUCGAUGUAUAUGAUUUGUUAGAAUAAAAUUAUUGCUAAUAAAUACAUUAAUGUAAUUGCACUCAAAAUUUGCCUGUUUCGUAUGUGCACAGCAAUUUAUUGUGAUAUUUUUAAUAUUAUUAUAGGUUAAGAUGCAAAUUAUGAUCUCGAUAAUAGACUAUGUACUCUAUGUGGUCGCUAUGGGCGUGCGAGCGGGCUAUCGUUACUGUGCUUGUCGGUUCGACUGGACCUACGAAAUGUACCUAUCGUUUCAUCUAGCUUUACCUAUCAUCUUUUACAUAUUGUUUGAAACGGUUAGCAAUUUUGGUCAAUUUUAUGUACAUAGGAUAUUGUUAAUAGAUACGUCUUAAGUGUGUAGUUUACUUUUUUAUGAAGACGGUAAAGCAGGCGAUUCUACCCUGUAUAAUUUUCAAGCUUAAUCGUUAUUUCACUAUCUCGAAAAGUUUUAGUGCUGGUAAAAUGUUACUUUUUUAAGAGCAGGUAUUGCAAUAAAGUUACUUAAGCAUGUUUGUUACCAUUACCUUUGUUACAAAGUGUUGUAUAUGUCGCAGCCGACUGGUUUA